UAGACGCAACUGUAAAAAAAAAAGUCUUUGUUGAAGUAUCAUAUAGUAUAAUAUUUAUAUUUUUAUCACCACGGCAUAAUGUUGGCAAGAGGCUUGCGGAAAUCGAUGACUGAUCUCAGUACAAUAAAGAAAACAUUUCGCUUAUCUGUGUUCGGCGCUGCAGAAGUCGGAAAAUCGAAAUUUAUCGGCAGAUUUAUCAACCGCGAUAAGUAUACCGACACAUACGUACCGACAAUCGAAGAUUUCUAUGAAACAUUAUACGACUUUAAAGGAGUAUCGCUAAAUAUAGAAAUCGUCGAUACAUCAGGCACCGAACAAUUUCCAGCUAUGAGACGACUAAAUAUAAAUAAGUCGGACCUUGUUUUUUUAAUGUACGAUGUGACGGAAAUUUCUACGGUCUUAGAAGUAGCGCGACUUUACGACAUUGUUCGAACCGAGUCCUUGUGUCCAAUCGUUAUUAUUGGCGCGAAAGCUGACAAAUUACCCGAUAUAUAUGGAUACCAAAACACAACGAUAACCCGAUUUAUGACAGCACAAAAGGACCAUGCACUUUUUCACGUUCUGUGCUCUGCUAAAACUGGAUUUAAGAUAGAUAGACCGUUUGAAAUCGGGUUUCAGGAUUUGAUUCCAAAUAUUGAUGCUAUUAUCGAUUUAUUGUUGGUAAGAAAAGACGAGAUUAAAGUGUCUCAUACUGAAGUCGACGAAAAAGGGGAAAAACGAGCAGGUAAAAGCGCAAAAUGUAAAUAUUGAAUCACGCAGAAAAAUGAGUCGCAAGUAAACCACAAAUUCGUCCUGUUUGAACCUUAACAAAAACGAAGACUUUCCAACAUGUGUUUACGCCAGUAUAUUUCCCUCUCCCUUGUAAUAAACUUUAUUUAUUUGCUGAACCUCUCCAUCUAUAAGUCUCUCCGCGCGUAGGCUAAAUGCAAGAAAAAAAUAUCAAGUAGAUAUCCUUAUAAUUCCAAAAAGCUACAAAAUGGCAGAAGCAGAUGAGCUAGUCACCUUCAGAUAUUAUCAAGCGAAAAGCACGAUGACGAGAAUACUUAAAAAAUUGACAGUAAAAGCGACGUUGACAAUGACAAUGACACAAGUAACUGGUUUUAAUAGUUUUUUUAUUCAGUAUUAAAUAUUUUGAUGUCUAAAUGGGUGAUAUGUAUACAAGCCCAUCCAACCCCACUCCCUUCCCUCCAAAAGUACCUCUCCAUACACAGCUCACGAUUCUUGUAUAAACAAAUCGUAAAAAGCUUAUAAACUUACGUAAGUUCAGGGUAAGCGAAAAUUUUAAAUUACGUCCAUUUUCACUUAAUAUCUGAAAAGUUUCUUUGAGUCUGAUCCCUUGGGGAAAUUGAUAUGUUAAGCAGUGGGUCAUGUAUCACGUGGUAAUGGUAAUCAUGCUACACCGAGCCGUUUUUGUCAUCAUGAUGUCAUAUUAUGUAGCUUCUAGUACAAGACAAUAUGUUUAUAUUUUUCCGAUGUUUAUGCUCAUUAUUUUGAUUAUUGUACAUCCCGAUAAAAGAUUACCGGCACUUACCUUAUGCUACAACUCUUCAUUAGUCGCUUUCUCAUGAACAUGUCAGAGCUAAUUAAUUGCAAUUAUUAGGGCGGUAACUGUGUAAAUGGUUGUUUGUUUGUUUGUUUGUUUCCCCAAACGCCAAGCGAAAGGCCACAAAUGUAAAUGGACUAAAUUUCCGAUGAAUCAGCUAUUGUGAGAUCUAAUUAUUUUGCUGCCACAACAAAUUGAUAUAAAUCAAGUAACGGGAAAUAUAUAUACAUAUAUAUACGAUAAGGUUUUAACUUACCUGCUGUCACGUGACCCAAUUUACGAGCCAAAUAAUGAUACAAACAUGUUCAUUGGUAUUAGAAAAAAUAUACAAAACACUGAAAACAAGGUUCUUAUACUUCCGGAGUACUAAUUUUUGCAUGUACUU